AUGAGGGUUCUCCGGUAUGCUGCCGCAGCUUGUCUGUUGUUCGCCCAGCAUGCCGCUCUAGCAGCCGCCGUUCCCGCCGCCCAGGAGGAAAACGCGGAUCCGGGGAAUCAAGAGGAUGAUCGUCCUAAGGGUCCAGAUCUGGAUCCGGCCAAGUAUUUUCAUGAGCCUGGCGGCGAUGACAUCCUCGGCCACUACGACAUUCGCUACUUCGGCGGCGUCGUCUCCGACGAGGAGCGCAAGACGACGAUUCGCCACAUGACGCGCGCGUACUUGACCUGGUUCCGCAAGGAGGGCCUGGAGACGUGGAUAGCGCACGGCACGCUGCUGGGCUGGUGGUGGAGCGGCCGCAUGCUGCCGUGGGACUGGGACGUCGACACGCAGGUCGCCGAUCGCACGCUGGCCUUUCUCCGGCUCAACUACAACCGCACCCGUAUCCACUACCACGCCGCUGAUGGGAGCGAUGUCGAGCGGACCUACCUGCUGGACGUGAACCCGUUUUCCGAGGAGCGCGUGAGAGGGAAUGGUAUGAAUAUCAUCGACGCGAGGUGGAUUGAUGAGAGCAAUGGCUUGUAUAUCGACAUAACGGGUUUGAGCGAGACGGAGCCGGACGUGAACCCCGGUGUAUGGUCUUGCAAGAAUAACCACCGGUACAAUACGGCCGAUUUGUAUCCGAUGCGGGAGAGCACGUACGAGGGUGUCCCGGCACUGAUUCCCUACGCGUACGACAAAAUCCUGGUCGAGGAGUACCAGGAGAAAGCAUUGACGGCAACGGAAUACGAAGGACACCGAUGGAACUCCGAACAGCGGCUGUGGCUCAAGGAGCCCGAAGACCCGCAGAGGCCGACAUCUUGA